CCUUUGGAUCAAGUGGUAGUAUUUUGUGUCUUCAGAUGAGAAGAACUUUCUUUAAGUUUUUCUCUUCACCUAUGGCCCUUCAUGAUGUGUGGAAAACUGAUGACAGCGAAUCUUUUCCUGAGAAUGAAGAUUUUGAAACUGUUUAAUUUCAUCCUUGCAAAUUGCUUAAUAAUGGCCACUGGUAACUCGACUCUACAGAGUUGUUUUCAAGAGCAGCUGAGGCUCAAGGCCCAGGUGAGACUUCUGGAGUAUCGUGUGAAACAGCAGCAGGUAAAAAUAGUGCAGCUCUUACAGGAGAAGGAGAUUCAAUACAGUGACACCGGAGAUGAAAACAGUGUUAUUGACCUGGGAGAAAAAAGACAAUACGCAGCAGAUUGUGCAGAGAUCUACAACGAUGGACAUAAACACAGUGGAUUUUACAAGAUGAAACCUCUUCAGAGCCCUAAUGAAUUCCUUGCCUACUGUGACAUGUCAGAAGGGGGAGGCUGGACUGUUUUUCAGAGACGUUCUGAUGGCAGCCAGAAAUUUGAUAGAGUCUGGGAUGACUAUGAACAAGGUUUUGGAAAUUUUGUUUCAACAAAAGGUGAAUACUGGCUUGGAAAUAAAAAUCUUCACUAUCUCACCAAUCAAGGAAACUAUACCCUAAGAAUCGAUCUCUCUGAUUUUGAAGGAGAACGGCGCUUUGCACAAUAUAAACGCUUCAGAGUUACUGAUGAAGAGAGCUCAUACCAGCUGAGCUGUGGUGACUACUCUGGCACAGCUGGUGACUCCCUUACUGGGGGGUUUCACCCUGAAGUGAAAUGGUGGGCUGAUCACCGAGGAAUGAAAUUUAGUACACGAGACAGAGACAAUGACAACUAUGAAGGGAACUGUGCUGAGGAGGACAGAGCUGGCUGGUGGUUUAACAGGUGUCACUCUUCCAACCUGAAUGGUGUGUACUACAAAGGACCUUAUACAGCAAAGACAGACAAUGGAAUUGUUUGGUACACAUGGCAUGGGUGGUGGUAUUCUCUGAAAUCUGUUGUCAUGAAGGUCAGACCAGCAGACUUUGAACCCAAUGUUGUUUAAAUAUCUAGUUAAUAUAAUUCAUCCAGUUAAUCUUUUAGCAAAUCCAUUUAAAUUAAGCCCGAUGGGCAGAUUUCUCCCUCCACCACCCCCGCCCCCCGCUUCAUUUAUGCCUGUAUAAAUUUGGAAUAACUUCAUUAAAAUCAGUGGUGUUAUAUGGGUAUAAAUGAGAACAGAAUCUGGCCUUGAGCCUGGAGAUACAAAUAACGUGUAUGGGAUUGCUAAAGAGACCGGACAACAUUCACCCAGGGUUUAUGACAAUUUUCACCCAUGUAGAAUACUUAGCAGUAGAUCCCUAGAAGCAGGGGGAACUUCCACUUGACUGACAGGCACAAUGGGGGCCAGAACUUCCCCAAAAGCAAGCGGUAUUGGUCAGGAAGGAGGAGUGCACUGCUAUUGUAGCCUCUGCUGGUGAGGCUCCUUUGGAAUCCCCAGUGAAAUUCAAAGCAGCCUACAAUGCCAGAACCUCUGAGAAACAACAGCAGUGGGAAUCACCUGUCCUUUCCUAGGACACAAGAGACUAGGCUGGUACACAGGUGCAAUUUGUACCUUCUGUGCCUUCUGGGGAAUGGGGUACAGGAGGGGAUGCCAACUUGGCCCACUAUUUUGGACUUUUUUGAUUUGGAAACCAUUUAUAUCUAAAUCUAUGCACAAUAAAUAGGAUUUAAUGGAAAAAUUACAAAAUAGAUUCGCUAUAUUGUGUUAAAAAGCAAUGUGAAUAUAUAUUACACAUAAAAAUGACAUUAAAAUAAUGUUAUGGGCGCCUCGUUUAGUGCACAGAAUGGACUGUUUCUGAGAAUUAAUCCUGGUUGUGUAGAAUGAAGGUGUUGUAUGUAGGAGUCCUGUGUCAUUUGCUGCAGAAGUUGAAAGAUGUGUAGUGAAUGAGGCAGUAGCUUGAAUGAAGAAAAAGGAUGGUCCUGUGGUUAAGGCCCUUUAGUUCUGCCCUGGAAAAUUGGGUUCUAUCCCUGCUGCUACCAUAUAGUUCCUAUGUGAUGUGGGCAAGUCACUUAAACCAAACUUUUCACAGAUGGCCACUAAUUGUGGGUUCCUCAUUUUCUGGGUGCCUGACUUGGGCACUCACAGCUGCAACUGAAGUCAAUGGGAGCUGUGCUUUGAACAUACAGAGUGCUAUAUAACUCAAAGCACUCUGAAAAAUCAGGUCCUAGUUGUUUCAAAUUGAGCACCCAAAAUUAAUGAUUCUGGAGCAAUUUGUAUACUGGGCAUGCUGAGAGCCAUUGAACCAAACGAUAAACUCUGUAUGUGAUUAAAACAAUUUCAAACCAUGCUGCAUCCUUAGUUCCAGCACCUAUGAGUGGACAUGCUGUGCACUGAAUGGUGCAGGGGUCCAGUGGAAAAUAUAAUGUAUGAUUCUGUAAUUAAAGACUGUAUCAUAAUACAUACGCACAGGGGAGCCAAAUUAAGGUUACAUGGGCAAAUUUAAUUCUGGCACUUCCUAGCUUUUGAGUGCUUGCUUUAGCAAACUUAACAUUCUUUUAAUGUAGUUUUUGUGUGUGUAAUUUUAAAGAAAAGCUGAACCCAUUUCCAUCAUAACACCCAGCAGGGUUGGAACCUUUAGAUCCAUAGCACAGACUUCUGUCACUUGAGUUCACAGGGUAACUGAUAGUAGCAGUAGGUUAUCUUCUAUGUGAACUAAUGACUAGAGGGGGAAUGGAACACUCCCUUUUCCAGAGGGUUUCACAGAUAUUUGCAGACAGCAGAGGAAUGCUGAGUCUUCAGAAUUUUGACUUUCAGUCUAGAUUCUGAAGUAUAGCAUGCUUUACAGGUAAUAAACCCUUGUGACCCCCUCACCCCAACAAGACUGCCCCCUUCUACCACUUGUCCCUUUAGCCUGUUCCUUUUCCAGUCCUGGCUCUCCCCCUCCUUGGAGAUUCUUUCCCAACUAGUCCCAGUCUAGAUCCUCCCAGAAUCCUCCCUCCACUCCCAUUGUCCUUGCCCACUUACAUCCAGGCUCCCAUUCCAAGCCACAGUCUUCCCCUGACCCAGGCUCCUUGUCCCAGUUUCCUUGCUCAGUCAGUCCCAAUUCCCACCCCCAGCUCCUCAUCCAAUCUCAGUGUAGCAUCCCUCCCUGCCCCUGGAUUUCACUCCAAGUCUCUUUGCCCAGCCAGUGUCCUUGUUCCACUCUGCUCUCUCUUGUGUCCCCCCAAUCUGGCUCUUGUCCCUUCAGCAUUCAAGUCAGGAAAUUUCUGCCCCAACACUGCCUGGGGGGUUGCAGGGGAGUGCUCAUAAGCACAGGAGAGACAGCCUUCCUGCUCUCAGUCCUUAUGUCCACUCUCACAGCCAGAAGCAGCAAUUUCAGGCAAAGUUCUACUCUGCCCCUGUAGCUGUGAAAUGAAGUAUGCCCAAGGCAAACUGAGUCAUUAGAGAACUGAGCUGCAAAAGUCUAAGUCUCUGCUGAGCAUGUGUAAACUAACAGUUUUCAAAAGCUUAUAAUUUGGCCAGAUUUGAGUGGGUGUUUUUUCAAGGAAAAGCAAAAGAUACCAUUCCUGGCUUGUAUUUUUCAAGUUCCUAUUCCAAAACAUGGAGAUACUAGAGCUUUUCAGCUGAACAGCUGUAAUAAUUUUGUUUAACAUGGGCAAUGUGUUUUUCCCUAAUCUCAUUCUAGGAAAUGGCUAAACUGUUUUUGCAAACUUCCCCCUCCACCCUUCUUCCUUUAAUAAUAAAUAAAUAAAUAAAUAAAUAAAUAAUAAAAAAGUUAGCCUCAGGCAGAUAUCUAGCAUAGAAAGUUUCAGCCCAAACAGUUGAAGCUUGGCAAAGUUAUAACCAGCAGAAAACAAGAUCUUAUAAUGGAAAGUAUAGAGUAACCUGCAUUAGAGGUGUCAUUACCAUCUCCACUUAUCAUACAGGGCUGAUGCUGAAGCCACUUUUCAUGCAGAACUCCUAUUGUCUCCAAAGUGUAACUGACUGGCUACAGAAUCGAGCCAUAGCAGAGGUUUUAGAGUAGUCAUAACUUUUUUUUAAAGCAGCUUACUUGGGUAUGUUCUUUAGAAUCAAUAUUAUAUCUACCUCUAUAUUCUGUUCUGAAGCUCUGUUCUAGCCAGUUCUGUUUAGGUCCUUAUAUUAUGCCCAGCACCUGAGCAUUUUUGUUCUGUCAUCAUAUUCAGCAUAAUUCAGACUUUAAACUAGUCAGCUAUAUAUUGCAGCUGCAUCAUGUACAGUAAGCAAAUUCUGUAAUAUCCCAUUUAGUUUGUCACCUUUCAUUCACUGGGGACAUAGGAAUAGAAGAGGUGGAAUUCAUAUGGGAUUUAGAACAAGCCAAAAUAGGUAGAUGUGGCCAACAUGAUUUUCCCCAAUAGUCUCUUAAAAAAAAUAUGAAAGUUGACUCUAGGUCAGCGUUUCCCAAAUGCGGCCAUCAGGGGCUUUUCUUGCGGCCACAGCCUCCUGGGCAGUGAUUGGGCUGCAAAGCAGCUGCCCCUUCCUGUCCCUGUUGCUCCUGGAUGUGCCACCUUGUAUUGGUUGCGGGGGCUGCCAGCAGGAAUUGGGCCCUGCCCACUCUGGAGACACCUGGGGCACAACCUUGGAGGAGCAGGCAGCCUUGAGUUCCACACGGGGUGGUGGGGCUCGGGCUUCAGCCCUGGGAUGGUGGGGUGGCAGGCUCCAGGCUCAGGGCUUCAGGCUCUGGCCCCGUCCCCUGGCCACAGGGCCCCAGCCCCUGGCUGCAGCAUUUUAUGCUAUGGCCACGGGGCUUCAAGCUCCUUCCUGGGGCCUCAUCUCCCAGGCUUCAGGCUCUGGCUCCCCUCUGCCUCCCCCACCCCUCAUCGUCCCUGGCCCCUGCUGCCUAUCUGUCCACCUCCCCAUCCAGGGCUUAAUUUGUACCCAGGCUUGC